AUGCAGCGAGUUGCCCCGUACCACCAGGACAAGACCAAGGUGACCACUGGCAAUGACAGCCGAUCACAGCAGUGGCACAACAGCAGUACCUGGAACUAUGGGAGCCGCCGGAGCAGCUGGGAUUCCAACACAACCAGCUGGGAGGCAGAGCCCGAAGCACCGGCCGCCACACAGGCAGCGGCCCCAACAGCCACCCCGAACACCGGUGGCCAGGAUGAGGGCGCUAGUGAGCAAAGUGAGAACAGUCAGAGGACGGAUCCAGACAACUGGAGCCAACAGUCGUGGUGGCACAGAUCUACAUGGAGCCCCUGGGACUCCUGGGGUUACGACUACGGGUGGAGCCGCAAGCCGUGGAGCACUACAUCUGGCGCCACGCAUCCCCCGCUCCACGCCCUCAGCGAGAUGGACAUCCAGAAGUUCCGGAAGGCCGAGCUCCAGACCAAGCUUCGGAAGUUGGGCGAGGAACCGCCUACUCGCUGGACCAAGAAGGAGCUGGCGCAGCGUCUCCUGGAGCUCGAACCUUCGUUGGCGGAGAAGCCGACCAAGAAGAUCACAGACCUCCAGGAGAAGAUCAAGGCGCUUGGAGUGGCAGCGCGCAAGAAGAGCACGCUGACCACCUUCUGCGAGGAGAUUGGAGUGGACAUGAGGUGCAACCACAACAUGUGGUCGAUGGAACAAGCGGCCCUCCGCCGCCUCUACGAUGUCAGCACACCUGCUGCCGAGGACUACGUCGGUUUCGGGCAGCACAGCAACCAGCAGUACCGCGACAUCCUGGUGCUCUACCCGGCCUACAAGGACUGGGUGCUUCGCACGGCCAAGACGGCGACGGCGGAUUACCGCCUCCUGCGUCUGGCAAACUGGCUGGAGCAACAGAGCGCCGAGGACAUCGAGUUGUACCAGACCAAGACGGAAACCGAGAGCAGGAAGGGCAAGGGGACCAAAACCCCUACGACGGCAGCGA